AUGGAUGGAACUGGGGCGGUGGAGAGCAUGAACUUCUUGGGCCAAACAGUCGGCUACACCUGCUUGGCUACAAUAUUAGGGAUUGGGAAAUCACGCUUAAAGAAGGCGAUGAAUAGUGUUCCAGAUCUACGCUUUGGAAAACAGAAAAACAUUUCCCGCAAAGACACAUGGAGCGUGGAUUCUUUUCUGAGUCUUCAAUACCAGAAUGUAGCUGAAACGUUACCCGACAGGUUUGUCCGCAGAGGGCGUGCUGCCAAGAAGGAUGAUCCAGAAUUUGAUAUCGUAAGCGGUGUCGAGGAUUCAGAACUGGUUUCGUGGUUGGAGAAGUAUGCCACCUUUUUGCGGGUCUUUAAAGAUCGCUGGCAAGACGUCUUAAAGUUCAGGGAGAAGAAUUUGUUUUCAAGGUGUGAGUUCUGCUACCACCAGACCCAGCAAAUUUCAGACCGCUCCGCCUCUCUGGAGGAAAAGCUGUGCGCCGUCAAGGUGUACAGAGAGCACCUGCAUUCACAGUAUUGUGACAGGACUGUGCAAUGGUCGUUGGAGGAGGCAUCAAGGGACCCGUCCAGUGGGAUCCUUACGAUCCUGCUGGACGGGAUGGAUCAAGCUAAAUUUAGAUUGCCACGGCAUCCAGGGCAUAGGGCGGUGUCAUCAAUGGCCAAUGUCAUACGACCAUCCCUGAAGAUCCACGGAGCGUGGGCAGUGGGUUGGGUUCUUAACCUCUUCGUCUUGGAUGACACUUUGAAACACGAUGCCUCGUGUAUCUGUGAGUGCGUGGCGUUGACAUUGGAAGAGGUGGUCCAAAUUGCCCAAGAACGACAAGUUGCAGUUCCCCACACGGUCAUAAUUAUGUCUGACAAUUGUGUCAGGGAGUGCAAAAACCAGUACUUCCUGUUGUAUUUGGCAAAUCUCUGUGCCAAAUAUAAAGUCAGGGUCUCCGGUCUCCUCAACUUGAGGAAAGCACAUUCCCACUCUGCAAUUGACCAAUUGUGGGGAUUGAUCGCCCGAAGAAUUGCAAGUUGUGACAAACUCUAUUCGCCUGCUAGUGUCAUCACGACCAUCACCCAGGAGUUGAACCGACCCAGCCUCCGCAGCUGGAUAGGAAUGAACUCCAAGAUCAACUGCCAAAAGCUUGAUGCCGUGCGAACCUGGCGAGAUCAAUUUCAACAAGCUCAGCGGGUGGGAUACAGUGGAGGGCUUCUAGAAGAUGAUACAGCAAAUCAUUGCUAUUUGAUGAUGUUGCGCAGAGGCCAUGUCAAUGUUUCCUAUUUUAUUACCGGGCCAUCAUGGUGGUCUGUAAGUCCUUCCAGCCAUUAA